UUGACCCUCUAGGUAGCUGCCUUCCUUUUCAUUUUCAUCUAUUUAUAACUUAUAUCAUAUUUCGUCAGAUUUAUCAACAUCAACAUAACAAACAAAUGAGCUGCCCUACUAUGGCCCAAUUGUUGUCAAACACUCUCUACUACAAACGUUUCUUUCCUUACUACUCAUUUAAUGUUUUAGGUGGUCUCGAUAAUGAAGGCAAGGGUUGUGUCUUCACAUACAUUGUUGUUGGUUCCUACGAGAAGGUUGGAUAUAGCUCUCAAGGUUCUGGUUCAACACUUAUCAUGCCUGUUUUGGAUAAGCGUCUAAAGGCUCCCAGACCUCUUCUAUUGCCUGCUCAGGAUGCUGUCACUCCACUUUCUGAAGCAGAAGCAAUUGAUUUGGUGAAAACAUCUUUUGUUGCUGCAACUGAGAGAGAGAUAUACACUGGAGAUAGGGAGGAUACCAAACAAUGGAAACCCAUGCGCAGAGCCUAUGGGGCAGUUUUGGACAUGGCAAAUCCACCAACAAGCAGCGGACCGAUCACCUUGAGAUUCCAAGCUACAACUAGUUUAGGGUACACUUAUUGGGUUCAAUCUACCAAUGCCAUACCCAAAGUCUGGAAGUCUGGGCCUGCUUAUGAGGCCACUGCUAAACUCAUCACUAAAUAAAUUUAAAUCCAUAUAUGGAUAUUACAUGUAUCUCUGAUAAUCUCUUAUAGUGUAUAGGGAAAAGGUAAGUUUCUUUGGUAUUUUUUUAAUUAAUAAAGUUGUCUGGGAUUAUUCUAAAAGUUUCAAAAUAUAUGGAUUAAGUUCAUUUUGUAUUUUUUUUUCUUAUUAGGUGUACCAUGUUUUUUUUUUGGCAUUUAAAUAUUGUAUAUUUUUUUGUGUGAUCUUUGUUUGUUAGCACGAUGAGAAGCAUUUGGGGAUAAUCUGAGUUUUUCUUCUCAAGUCAUAGUAUUUUUAUCCAAACAUUUCCUCGUUCCAUUUGGUAAGAACUUAUAUUUAUAUAAAUAUAUAUUAGUUUCCCGUCAUACAUACAUACAUCUAUAUAUUGCAUUUGUGUUAUUAUGCAAUUUGGUUAGUAAAUGAUUCUUAAAUGAAUUUAAUAUUUGAGAAAUUGACAAGAUUUCAUAAAGAUGUGCUAUUUCUCACAAUAUCCAGAGUUAGAAUGAUUUAUACUUUUUUUUGUGUUUUUUAUUUUUGUAUUCGGGUUUUUAAUUUAUUCUUGCUAGCUGAAAUGUAUAUAGGGAAUUCACUUUGGAUUGACGAUUGGAACAUGUAUUUUUCCUUUUUUUAUUUUUCUUCUAUUUUCAAUUAAAGAUAUCACUAUUUUAAUCUUCCAACCGCAAGUAAUUUUUUUCUUAAACUAUAUAUUGUCUCACUUUUUCAAAUUAUAAUUUUACUAUUAUUUUUUUCUAUUGCUCUUCAGCGUGCUGGAGCAGUAUUUCCGCAGAGAUCUGAGAGAGCUGCACCGGUCUUUACCCCUCCACAAACGCAACCAUUUUCUUCAUAUUCACAGAAUCUGCGCAGUUCUGACAUUCAUCAAGAUACAGCUAAGACGUCUGCAGAGUUUGAGUUUCCUACCUUGAGGUUCAUAUGGGGCGCACUCGAGGUAGAGAGAGAAAAUCUAUGUCAUGACUCAUGAUUGUCCAAUACAUAAUUUGGGGCAAAUUGAAAUAUAUAUAAAUAUAUAAUGCCACAUGUUGACUUUGGAUUAAAAGUACUUGGUGCAGAUGUUAUGUCCAUUCCUGGCCUAUAUGGGUUUUUCCAGCUUCAUGAUUGGGUUGCUUCUAGCUCCUCUGGAUCCACAAAGGAUUGCAUUCUACUUGGAGCUUGUGAAGCACAUGAGACUCUUCCACAAAGUGCUGAAUUUCCUGCAGAUGUGUUUACAUCUUGUCUCACAACACCUAUUAAGAUGGCUUUGAGAUGGGAUGCAUGGGACAUGGUUGCGGAGAUAUGCCUUUCUCAACUUCCGUCAUUGGUUGAAGAUCCUACUGCAGAGUUCCAGGUGCAUCUGUAGUGUUUUAUUAUUGGGUUUCUUCUUCUUGAUUGAGGAGUGUUAUUGUUUUGGUGUGGUAAUUAUGUUGUUAUGCAUUGCUAUUUUUGAAUUUUUCAUUUUGUUGGUAAUGAUGGCUUUGUAUUUAUACAGCAUAGAGGUCAGAUUGUCUCUAAGAUUACCCUAGCAAUUGUCUCUAUUGUUUGGUUAGCUGCUAGAGUUUGCUUUUUCAUUGCUUUGCCAAACCAUUCCUAGCUUUGGUUGAUUAACAUUUUUAAGUAAGAUUCAUUCUUUAGUUACCUUUCCUUUUCUUUUGUUCUGAAUUUUGAGUUUCAAACAAUUCUGUUCGAUUAAAAAACAUUGGAAAGCUAGAUGAUAAAAGCAUUUGUUUGCUUCGGUUUAUUGGCUUAAUCGCUUUAUCAUAAUUAGCUUUAGGUUUCUAAAUUCCAUUUGCUAUGAAAUAUAUUAUUGAUUCACUUUCUGACUUGGAACUGAUUCUUUCCUUUCUCAACUCAAUCCAAGUCUUUAUGACAGUCAUCAAAUAUAUUCCUCAGGUUAGAAAUGCCUCAUUUCUUUUUUCCCCUUAGAAAAAAUAUCAAUUGUUUUAAAUAUAAUCUUAUGUAACAUUAGUGAUGAAAUAAUUUAGCUAUCCAAAUGGUUUUCUUUUUCCUUUCUUAUUACUGUAUGAGUAGAGAAUUAGAGACAGUAAUACUAUGUUGUCAACAGUUUCUCUAUAUCCUUUGCCCCUAUAAGUUAUUUUGAUAGUUUCUUUCAGGAGACUGCUCAUGAGACAGUAAUACUAUGUUGUACUUUAUGCAUGCUUUAUGUUUUUGAAGUAAUGUGGUGCCAGCAUAAGAGUUUCUUAUUCCCAGAUUUUGUUUCUUAAUAUUUGAGUUGUUUAAAAUAUGGUUUGAGUUGCUCCUUUUUGGGCAAGUGUUUUUUCUCAUUAGUUUUUGUUUUAGUGUGUUUUUGUCUCAUCCCAUUACACUCAGUUUAGCUCUUCUUUCUCUGUCUUGGACUAGUUACAUUUGUUGAGUUAAUUUUUUAAGCAUAUACCUUACCUUUUAUUUCUCCAUCAAUUGGAGGAGAAAAGGAAACUUAAUUUUGAAGGCUUUGUGUUGGGCAGCUGUAGAAUAUUUUGUGCUGAAAGUAGCAACUUUUCAAUAUAUUGAAUAUUUAAGACUA